UUCCACCCCAGCAGAAUGAAAGCAAUAAGCCCUGUUCGGUCCUUCCGGAAAACCGGCACAAAUUUCUCGGAGCACUCCCUGGGAAUCUCCCGGAGCAAGACCCCGGUGGACGACCCGCUCAGCCUGCUCUACAACAUGAACGACUGCUACUCCAAGCUGAAGGAGCUGGUUCCCAGUAUCCAGCAGAACAAGAACGUCAGCAAGAUGGAAAUCCUGCAGCAUGUCAUCGACUACAUCCUGGACCUGCAGAUCGCGCUGGACUCCAGCCUGCAUCACCCCGCGGCGCGGCCGGGGCAGAGCGCGUCCAGGACCCCUCUGACCGCGCUCAACACAGACAUCAGCAUCCUGUCAUUACAGUCUCCGGAGUUUCCGUCAGAGCUGCUGACAGACGACAGCCAGACUCUGCAUCGUUAACGCGGUGUUUGGUCAAGACACAGAAAACACACACAGGACCUGAGGAGCAGGACUCCCCCCCCCCCUUCUACUCCUCCUCUUCCUCCAGGCCUGGAUUUUAUUUUAUUUUUUUCUGAAAUCAAGAGACUUUUGCUUAUUAUGGGACAAUCUGAUGUGAUGUGUUUUUCUGUUUGGACACCUAAUUAUUAUUAUUAUAAUUAUUAUUAUUAUUUAAUUUAAGACUUCUUAUUUGUGGGUCCUUUCUGGAAAUGGAAGGUGCGUUAUAUGGGAUUAUUUCCCCUCCCUCUACCUUAACCUCCCCCCCUCCCCUCCCCUCUCUCCC